AUGGUGCCCGGGAGGUUCUGGGCGGGGGCCCCACUCCAGCCCCGCCGCUCCUGGGUUUUUUUGUUGCUUUUCGUUCUAGCCGUGCGGGUGCUCCAAGGAAGAACUGCCGAACAGAACAUUCACAGUUUUGAUGAAACACUGGGUGGACACAGCGGCAAAUCAGGGCGCAAGCAGCAGGAGCAGCAUGAUGCACAACACCAGCAGGCCGAUUUCGAGAGGCAGCGGCAAUGGGAAGACCCAGAGAUGCAGCAGCCUGAAUUACAAGAGUACCAGAAAGAGGACCCCAAAUUAUUGCACGGGAAGGAGGAUUGGCAGCAACGGCGGCAGGGUUGGAGGCUGCAGGGUGGUGUGGGCGUUACCUUGAAGUCAUUGGCGGCGCUGAAGGAUACGGACUCAGAUUUGCUCACUAUUGCGACAGCGCAGUUGAAGGGGCUAGUGGAGACUCUGGAUAGCAAUCGGAAGAUAGAGAAGCAGCAGCAUGGAGUGGCAGAUACAAUUCAGAGAGCGCUGAAAUCUCCAAAACCGCCGUCGACUGCAACGACGAGUUCGGGAUCCGCUGGCGUCUCCGGGGCCCAGGGCCCAGCAAACCAUCUCAAGAGGAAGACCAUGAAACUGCACCUAGGUUUUGCCGAGACAGCGGCGGCAACUGUCAUAGGCCGGAGGGCAGACGACGAGGACGCUCUGCUGCUUUCGGCUCCACUACCAGGAAAGCCGAGUUCUUUCAUAACGGGUUUAUUCGAUGGGCACGGUGGUCAUGUAGUCGCCCGCAAGUGUUCAGUGCUUACCCCUACUUUCUUUGGAAGGAUGCCAGACUUCUCGGGCAACUCGUUUGCUGAAGCAAGUUUCGCUCUUGACGCAGCACUCCGGAGCGACCCGGAAAUACCCAUCGGACCCGGGUCGACAGGUAUAAUCGGCAUUUUGGUUGCUGACGAUCCCGCGGUGCCGGAAUUCACGUUGCACGUUGCGAACAUCGGGGACUCGCGGCUGCUGGUUUUGCACUCCGAUGGAACCUUCACGCCGAUGUCGAUAGACCAGAAACCCAAUGACCCCGUAGAGAUGGCUCGUGUGCAGCGGGCGGGCGGCUCUGUGAUGCGUACGGCAAUGGGUGUUUGGCGCAUUGACGGUCGCUUGGCUCUAAGUCGCAGUUUUGGAGACUUCAGGAUGAAGGGUAGGACAGACCUGUUGCCUUCUCAGCAGAAAGUGGUGGCGUUGCCACACGCGAGGACGAUCAAGGUGAAGGCAGGUGACAUCUUGGUCUUCGCUUGCGACGGUGUAUUCGAGGCACAAGGAAUGACGUGGAAAUUUGUCGCCAACUUCGUGGCCAUGCAGCUCCAGGCAAGUGGCCCGAAGUAG